AUGGAGAGGUUCACACAGGUUUAUUAUGGUACUAGACCUUCGGUAAUCUCUAGUACCUUCUGCAAGUGCAACAACCCCAAAACUUCUAGUAAUUAUGAAAAUGAGAUCAAGGCAACCUUAGCCACUCUUACUCAAAAAGUUCAACAAGAAAUUGACAGUAUGAAAGAAUUGACUCAUGAAUCACCGUCUCCAACAGGAUAUGCCGUCUUUCUUGCUGAUAUUUUGGGUCUUGUUGAGUCAGUUAAGAUGUCUAUGUCUGCCAAUUAUGAGGCUCAUGAUCAAGAUGGCAAUUACAAAGUAGUGCAUCCCGUGUCAGGCUCAGGACGAAAAGAACAACAUGAUGAACUAGCUGACUUCUUUGUGAUAGAAGAAAUUCGAAAGUACGUGAGGAUCAAACCUAACAGACUCAGAAAGCAGAAUUUCAUAGGGGCUAAUGGCACAUUCACCAGCAUUGGCCAUGCUUGUUUUGCCAUGAAGAGAGAUCUUGAAGAGUACAUGGACUAUGACGUUGGUGAAAUUUGCAAUGAUGAUUGGAAAUUGGCUCAGAAGUUGAUGGUUCAUGGUUGUGAUCCCUUACAAAGGAGGAGAUGCUUUGCUACAGCUCCUAAGUUAUAUGGUAAACCAUAUCCAAUUGAUCAGUCCUUGUGGACGCUUCGCGAUGAUCGAAAUGUCCGUUGGAGUAAAUAUAAAUGCAAGAACUUUGCUUGCCUGGCUCAGAAUUCCACUGGUAAAGGUUUCUUCAAGUGCGCAGACUGUUUUAGCCUUACUCAUCAUGAGAUGUUCCGGUGGAUUAAACCCUCAUAUCAGGAUCCGGCUUUCAACCUGACAGCAGAUUUUACGAUCCCUGAAGUGCUUGAGUUGAUGCCAGGAGAAAUCAGGAUUGGACUUGAUUUUAGUGUUGGUACAGGUACAUUUGCCGCAAGAGUGAGGGAAUUUAAUGUCACAAUAGUUUCUGCAACAAUUAAUCUUGGGGCACCCUUCAAUGAAAUGAUUGCUCUCCGUGGAUUGAUCCCUCUUUACUUGACCAUUAAUCAGAGGCUUCCCUUCUUUGAUAAUACUUUAGAUUUGAUUCACACAACAAUGUUUCUUGAUGGAUGGAUUGAUUUCGUGCUGCUGGAUUUUGUACUACAUGAUUGGGACAGAGUUUUGAGGCCAGGGGUAGUUCUAUGGAUUGAUAGCUUCUUCUGUUUGGAGGAGGACCUGAAUAACUAAGCUUUUAAGAUGCUAAGGCACAAGAAGCAUAGGUGGAUUAUAGUCCCAAAGCUCGACAGACAUGAUCAGGAGGUUUUCUUCUCUGCUGUCCUAGAGAAACUACCUAGGCCAUUCUGA